AUGCACCUCGACCACGGCGACGGCAGGAGGCCGACGCCCCAAGAUGAAGAGAGCUACUGGCAAUCCGUGCAACUGCUGCAGAAAGAAGACGACGAGAGACUCGAGAGCGAGUUCAUGGCUAACACAAAGUACUAUAUGGGCCGCCUGACGGACCUGAACCUCCAGAAGCAGGAGCUCGAAAGACGUGCACUCGAGGUCCACCGUGCCAUUACUCGAGAGCACAAGAGCUUGGAAGACAUUACCAACCACUUCCAGGAAGCUAGGAGGGACCUUCACCUUCAGCGCGAGCACCACCAUAGGGCGGUGGCCGCCUGGUUUGCCGAGGAACGCCGCAAGGAGAAUGACGAACGGGCGAGGAUCGCCGCUGCUGCGCUUGCUGCACCCUCGCGUCGCGAUAUUGCGCCUGCCGACGUUACGCAGACCAACAACUCGGCCGAUGGGUUACCCAACGGCAAAACCGUCAACGGAGAUCAUCGCAACGGUGCCCACCCGUCGAUUCCAAUCCCGGGCAGGGUUGAACAGCCGCCGCUCACAAUGAUUGUUGAUGCACUGGGCCGCCCCGUCGGGCCUGUGAAUCGACUAAUAUCCAGCAACAGGUCCAUCAUAUUCCUGUCUGGGUUACCUCAGAAAAGGCCGGUGCAUCUUCGUGACGGCGUUGCGUUUAACCAGGAGGAUUUGAAGCAGCUUGUAGAAGCGGAGGACAAGUGGAUGGGCGCCGUGAUCCAGGCGACUGGUCUCGUCCGGAAACAAGCGCAGCAGUGCAGUUUGUGUGCCCAGGGUCAAGGCCCCUUUGCCCAAUGCAUCAGUCUCGACAUGCCCGAGUUCCAGGCGUGUGGUAACUGCGUGUGGCAAAGAUCAAGUUGCUGCGAAGCACCGAUAGCAGAGCAAACGCCGACUAUCACGAAGUUCAGAGCCUUCAAUGCGCCUGCGCACGAGCUCCAAAAUGAGCGCUUUUCAAAUGGCAGCUUCACCAACGGCACUGCAACCCCCGUCUCCCUCAGCCGACCAAACUCGCGAGACAAGAGUUUUGCUGAGGGCUCAACAGCUACUGACGAGGGGGAAGAAGACUUGACUCCGAUCACCAAGGCUACCCUCACCCUCAAGCACGACGGCGAGGUCUACACCCACCCAGAGUGUAUGGAAGGUGUCCCGGUUGCGAAGGUCGACCAGAGCCAUCCCUACUGGGAUCCGUCUUGGCCCGAGAUCGCGCCAAUGAUCGAACCUACUCUGCAGACGUGGCGAGACAAGCUACAGGCCGCCCUCGAGAAGGGGCAGACUAGUAUGAAAUUCCAGCUGGGCCGACAGGUGAAUCGCGGAGAGACCAUCCUAAAGUUUCUAGAGGACGCCGAUUUUUGCCCUUACCAAUUAGUCGGGAAGAAGUACAUGAUGUCCCGCCUGGUUUCUUACGACACCAUUUUCCGUAUGGCCGACACCCUGCGAACCCUGGAAGGCUUCAAGACGCUUGACAUCACCCCGUUGGAAUGGUUGCGGCAGCGUUUGCAGGAGAUCAUUACCGCGGAGGGCUCCAGCUUCAACCUCGCCAAGACGAUUCACGACUUUUACCACGAUUCAAAGUACGUCGCCUUGAGACUUGCCAACGGCAAGAAGAGCAUCGGUCGACCAUCGGGCAUGAAAAUGACACCAAAGGACUCUCCCAUCUCGGCCAAGGGCACGCCGAGUACGAAGAAGCGUAAGCUUUUCAUCAACGAGGAGUUUCCUGGCGUCUCGCAGCGCCCGCUUGCGCCAACACCGACACACCAAUCCCAGCCUCAGCCACUGUUGCAGUCGCAGCCCCAGAUUUUCCAAGAGGAGCCACAGGGGAGCGCGCCGCCGACGCCCGAGUUUGCUAGGCCGUUCAAGAAGUUCAAGAUUACGCAAUUUCCUAAAACGGCCAAGGACCUCGAUCUCGUCUACGAUGGCUUCACUGACACCGACGACUACAGCGGCGAUCACAUUGGCAAGCACGACUGGGCGUUGAACCGGAUCAAGUCCCGACUGAACACCGUUAGCACCGGUGUGACGCAGUACUGGCACUGGAUCCCCGACGACGGCGAGCAGGUCUUUGAGCAUCAAGUACUCGCCGAAGGAGAUACCUUCACCUGGGGCAUAUACGCCAAACCGAUCAACUUUCACUUGGAGUUGGGGCAUGUUCAGGAGAUGCGAUGGGCUACCGGAACCCUCAAGGUCAUCGUUGUGUGCAAGGAGGGCGUCGUGGUCUCGCCUGACGGCAAGCCGAGAGGCGAUCUUUUGGUCGAGUUCAAGCGAGAACGCACUAAGCGGCGCUUCUUGGUCUUUUGCAGCAAGAAGGGCAUUGAGCUAGAGAAGGUCGAGAGGGACGUCAUUGAGAGGACGUGGGAAGAAUACGAGUCCCCCGAUGUGCCGGCGAUGCCGGAUUCGGAAAUCGAUUAG